AUGACAGACGCGAGUGGUAGUCUAGGUGUAAACAUAGGCGGUAACGAAAGGGCUGGAACAAGUAAAGGGGAUUUGUUGAAUGAGUUGAUUGAUACACAUUUAAAUAUAAGAAGCCAGAGGGAUGAAUUGUAUGAAAUUUUCAAGCGCAGGGAAUUACUUAAGGGCUCUUUCGGUGAUCAAAGCUGCGCGAAGAUAGUGAAACAGCGAUAUCAGGAGGAGUUGGAUGUGCUAGAAGAGCGAUAUAAGAAGCUGAGUAGAGAGAUAGAGGAUGGUGAGGGAGUCGUAAAGGUGGCUGCUCAGGUUAUCAUGGAGCGUGAUGAGCUUAAUGACGCGUACGAUCUCCCAAAUCAAGCAACAGCAUCUUUAGACGCAACAAACAAGCUAAGCACAGAGCUAGACACGCGUAUUCAAGAAUUUAGACAAAAUUUAUACACACUAGACGUACUCAACGAAGGUCACGUAGCUAAGCUUAAUAAAAGGAUUGAUGGAUUAUCACAUAGAGUUUCAGAGCUACAAGAAACCUUACAUACUGUCAACAGUACUCUUGGUACAGUGUUCACAAUAUUGGGUAAAAAAUAA